CCGAGACAGAGAAAGCCGUUUGGUAAUUUUAAUUACCAAAGUUUUUACAAGGAGGCGCAACAACCCACAAAACAAACAAAUCUUUGAACACAUAAAUCUUGCCUAACAAAUAAGAAAAAUAAACGUACAGGCUUCUUACCUACUCUGACGUAAAAACAGGAGAAAACGAGAAUAAACCAAAAGAAAAGGGUUUCACACUCCUGGGCAAAUUCAAGCGUGUCCACAAGGACAGGUUAAAGUAGUUUCUACUUCUGAGGUUUCAAAACAAGCAAAAUGACUGGUGUACGGUAUAAGUACACCCACAGCACAACAGGACAGAUAUAUAUAUACGCAACAGUGUUGGGAGUAGGAGAAGUCGAGUCAAAGAGAGGGCCGAGGAACUGCACGGCUGCAGCUUAAAUGCUCCCGUCUCCUCAGGUGGACCAAUCAGCCUGUCGAGGGCAGCCAAUCAGCUACCGGGCACCACCUGCUUACUCACACGCAUAUGGUAGAAAAGAUGGAGACACAUAAAGUCCUAUUAAAAACUUUAAAAGAUUUGAAGGAAGAGGAAUUUGAAGAAUUCAAGUGGCACCUGGAGAAGAAGGUUCUAGAAUUCCCAGGAAUCCCAACGAGUGAACUAGAGAAAGCAAACCGGAUGGAAACAGUGGAUCUGAUGCGUACGCACUACGGCAAACACGACAUUGAAGUGACCAGAGAAGUUUUGAAGGAGAUCCCGAGGAAUGAUCUAUUAGAGGCAUUAUCAGAAUCCUCAUCAGAAUCCUCAUCAGAAUCCUCAUCAGACCCUAAAGAUAUUCUCACUAAGUGCCAAGGUGAACUCAAAUCAAACCUGAAGAAAACAUAUGAAAAUAUCAAAUUUAUGGAAAAAUCAGAAUCCCUACAUAAAAUCUACACGGAGAUCUACAUCACCAGGGGAGACACCACAGAGGUCAACAAGGAACAUGAGAUCAGACAGAUCGAACAAGCAUCCAGGAAACCAGACAGACCAGAAACACCCAUCAGACAAGAAGACCUCUUUAAAGCCUCACCUGAAAGAGGUAAACCAAUCAGAGCAGUGAUGACAAAGGGUGUGGCUGGCAUUGGGAAAACAGUCUUAACACAGAAGUUCACUCUGGACUGGGCUGAAGGCAAAGCCAACCAGGACAUCCAGUUCAUAUUUCCAUUCACCUUCAGAGAGCUGAAUGUGGUGAGAGAGAACAAGUACAGCUUGGUGGAACUUGUUCAUCACUUCUUCACUGAAACCAGAGAGGCAGGAAUCUGCAUGUUUGAUCAGUUCCCGGUUGUGUUCAUCUUUGACGGUCUGGAUGAGUGUCGACUUCCUCUGGACUUCCUCAACACUGACAUCCUGACUGAUGUCACAGAGUCCACCUCAGUGGAUCGGCUGCUGACAAACCUCAUCAGGGGGAAGCUGCUUCCUUCUGCUCGCCUCUGGAUAACCACACGACCUGCAGCAGCCUAUCAGAUCACUGAGUUUGUGGACAUGAUGACAGAGGUCCGAGGGUUCACUGACCCACAGAAGGAGGAGUACUUCAGGAAGAGAUUCAGAGAUAAGGAGCCGGCCGGCACCAUCAUCUCCCACAUCAAGACCUCACGAAGCCUCCACAUCAUGUGCCACAUCCCAAUCUUCUGCUGGAUCUCUGCUUCAAUUCUGGAGGACAUGUUGAAAACUGAGAGAGGAGAGCUGCCCAAGACCCUGACUGAGAUGUACAUCCACUUCCUGGUGAUUCAAUCCAAAGUGAACGUCAAGUAUGAUGGAGGAGCUGAGACAGAUCCACACAGGAGUCCAGAGAGCAGGAUGAAGAUGAUGGAGUCUCUGGGAAAACUGGCUUUUGAGCAGCUGCAGAAAUGCAACCUGAUCUUCUAUGAGUCCGACCUGAGAGAGUGUGGCAUCGAUAUCAGAGCAGCCUCAGUGUACUCAGGAGUGUUCACACAUGUCUUUAGAGAGGAGAGAGGAACGUACAAGAACACAGUGUUCUGCUUCGUCCAUCUGAGCGUUCAGGAGUUUCUGGCUGCUCUUCAUGUCCAUCUGACCUUCAUCAACUCUGGAGUCAACCUGCUGAAAGAAGAACCAACAAACUCCUGGCUGCCUAAAGUCUUUAUAUCCAAACCUAAACUAACAGAUCUCUACCAGAGUGCUGUGGACAAGGCCUUACAGAGUCCAAACGGACACCUGGACUUGUUCCUCCGCUUCCUCCUGGGUCUUUCACUGCAGACCAAUCAGAAACUCCUACGAGGCCUGGUGACGCAGACAGGAAGUAGCUCAGAGAUCAACCAGAAAACAGUGAAAUACAUAAAGAAAAAGAUAAGAAAGAAUCCAUCUCCGGAGAGAAGCAUCAACCUGUUCCACUGUCUGAAUGAACUGAAUGAUGGUUCUCUAGUGGAGGAGAUCCAACAGUCCCUGAGAUCAGGAAGUCUCUCCACAGAUAAUCUGUCUCCUGCUCAGUGGUCAGCUCUGGUAUUCAUCUUACUGUCAUCAGAAGAAGAUCUGGAAGAGUUUGACCUGCAGAAAUACUCAGCUUCAGAGGAGGCUCUUCUGAGGCUGCUGCCAGUGGUCACAGCCUCCAGGAAAGCUCUGCUGAGUGGCUGCAACCUGUCAGAGAGAAGCUGUGAAGCUCUGUCCUCAGUCCUCAGCUCCCAGUCCUCUAGUCUGAGAGAUCUGGACCUGAGUAACAACAAGCUGCGGGGUUCAGGAGUGAAGAAGCUGUCUGAUGGACUGGAGAGUCCGCACUGUACUCUGGAGACUCUCAGGUUAACUGGCUGCAACCUGUCAGAGAGAAGCUGUGAAGCUCUGUCCUCAGUCCUCAGCUCCCAGUCCUCUAGUCUGAGAGAGCUGGACCUGAGUAACAACGACCUGAAGGAUUCAGGAGUGAAGCUGGUAUCUGAUGGACUGGAGAGUCCACACUGUGAACUGAAGACUCUCAGGUUAACUGGCUGUAACCUGUCGGAGAGAAGCUGUGAAGCUCUGUCCUCAGUCCUCAGCUCCCAGUCCUCUAGUCUGAGAGAUUUGGACCUGAGUAACAACGACCUGAAGGAUUCAGGAGUGAAGCUGCUGUCUGAUGGACUGGAGAGUCCACACUGUGAACUGGAGACUCUCAGGUCAGAGUUCAGCUUUUUAUUUUCAAGCAGUUCAAUUAUUUUCAUCCAGCUUUUUGUUCAUGUUGAUGAAGAUGGUCCACCUCUGUAUGAUGUUCCUGCUGACGUGACUUUUAAGAACACUGAGUUUACUGUAUUCCCUGAUUCCAGUCUGUCCGGCUGUCUGGUCACAGAGGAAGGCUGUGUUUCUCUGGCUUCAGCUCUGAGCUCCAACCCCUCCCAUCUGAGAGAGCUGGACCUGAGCUACAAUCAUCCAGGAGACUCAGGAGAGAAGCUGCUGUCUGCUGGACGGGAGGAUCCACUCUGGAGACUGGACACUCUCAGGCUGGACCAUGGUGGAGAGCAGUGGUUGAGAGCAGGUCUGAGGAAGUAUUCCUGUGAACUCACCCUGGACUCAAACACAGCAUACAGGUUCCUCAAACUGUCUGAGGACAACAGGAAGGUGACAUAUGUGGAGGAGAGGCAGCCAUAUCCUGAUCAUCCAGAGAGGUUUGAUGGCUGGGCUCAGCUGAUGUGCAGAGAAGCUCUGACUGGUCGCUGUUACUGGGAGGUCGAGAGGAGAGGAGAGGUUGAGAUAUCAGUGACUUACAGAGGAAUCUGGAAGAAAGGAGAGGGAGAGGAAUGUGCGUUUGGAUGGAAUGAUCAGUCCUGGAGUCUGCAGUGCUCUGAUGGAGGUUACACUGUCUGGCACAAUAAGAGAAAAACACACAUCUCCUCCUCCUCCUCCUCCUCCUCCUCGUCCUCCUCCUCCUCCUCCUCCUCCUUCUCCUCUCGUAGAGUAGCAGUGUAUCUGGAUCAUGCUGCUGGCUCUCUCUCCUUCUACAGAGUCUCCUCCUCACUGAUCCUCCUCCACACCUUCAGAGCCACAUUCACUGAACCUCUCUACGCUGGGUUUGGGGUCUGGCCUGACUCCUCAGUGUCUCUGUGUCCUCUGUGUCCUCUGUAGGAGGAGUCCACUUCCUGUCCUGGGUCACAUGUUGGUGUUUUAAAUGGAGGCUUCUCAUUGGUUACCGUGUGUCUCACUGAUUGUGUCUGUAAUAAAGUUUUCUUGAAGCAACGUAUUAAAGCUGAUCCUGAAGACUGUAGUGAUCGAUACGUUCAAUAAAGAUUUAGAACAAG